AUGCUUUGGGUGUCUAUGAAUAUAUCACAAGCUGAGCGGAUAUGUACAGAAAAUAUGAUGAAAGGAAUUGAUGGAAAUGAAGUCAGGGAUUUAUCUGAAACAUUGGCGUUAGCGACGAUCAUCAUAGAUUAUGGAAAUAAAUGCCUACAUAAAAUGGAAACGCUCGAGCUUUGCUUCAAGUCAAAAGUGUUUUGGCAUGACUUGAGGAAAAGUUUCUUUGAAAAUUUUGGACAUAAAAUGUUAAAUGCCAAAGAAUUUUCCCAGAAACGUUAUAACAUAUUUCAAUUAAGGGCUGGGUUUAAAAAUACUGACAAUGUCGGCAUCUUCAGUUGA